UUCACCAUGUGACGCUUUCAGCUGGUGUUGUUGAAUUGCCAUAGCGUAAGUGACAGGAUAAAUCUUUCAGAAACUUUCACUGUCGGCCAUUAUGGCGGCCACGGAGCACGGACUUGUUGUAAGAUAUAAUUUCUUGAUAAUAUACUGCUUUCGGGGGUCACCAACUACAUAUAUGAACAGUUCGUAAGAACGAAUCUUAUUCUCUAAUUAGUUUGGCAACAACAAAGGUCAUUCAAAAUCAACCACAGUAUUGUACCUAUUGACUUCCGCCACAAAGGAACGAAAACCAUAUUACUGAAAUAUACACGGGUCAUACCAAAAAGAUAAAAACUCUGACAAGUUUUCUCUAUAAUCACUUUGCCGAGAUCAAUGAUCUGCAAUAACACAAAAUAAAAUGAUUUUACUGAUAUGUAGCCGACAAAUCAAAUGUUGGGUAUUCCAAUGUGAUAAUUAUUAGUUAAUUAUCCUAAUCUAUAGCAUAUGAGCACAGGCGUCUGGCAUAGAUCAAUAGAGUACAUUUCGGGUCCAGUUUCGAAUAAUUAAUCGUGGCCGGGUCAUCUUUCGUUUACCAGCAGUGAACUCUACUGACGAGUCUGAUUAGAAUCAAACUAUUUGAGGUUUGUGUAGGUUAUGCUGUUAUGUUGUUAUGUGGAAAGUUCGAUUAGUACGACUUGCAAUUUGAAAUAUAAAUUCUUGGAGUAAAAACAUUAAAUAAAUCUUCGUUUACCUGUGUAGGUUAUUAAGAAACACUUCGAAAUGGUAAACAUUUGUGAGUAUACACUAAAAAUCAAACAUCUCCCCAGUUGUUUAACUGAUGCUGAAAAAGAAGACUUCAUGAAACACUUUGGUUCCCAACAAGUGAAAGUAAUAACAUCUCUCUCAAAGCAGAAGAGCAUUGUAUAUGGAAAGUUUGAUUCAAAGCAACAAGCAAAAGCAGUUCUGCACAGAACACAUCAACUAAGGGUACUUGAUGCAAUCAUUUGUGUGGAAUAUGCUGAGAAAAAAAUUGCAGAUUCAUUUCCUGCACCUUUACUAUUACAAACCACUGAAGUGCAAAGUCAUAAGCAUUUCAUAAAUUAUGUGACAAAAAUCAAUGCAUUGAACAGUGCAGUUGGAUAUGAUCAGCCACCCCCUGCUCAUUUAAGGUAUACAUAUCCUAGAGCUAACAGAGCAACCAUUCACAAUAUAUCUUUUGCACUUGAAACAGUUCCACAAUUUUAUGUUCAAGUAUUACACUUGAUGAAUAGAAUGAAUUUGCCACCUCCAUUUAGUAAUGCUCCAGAUACCCCAAUACCAAUAAAAACUGUUCAUCCUCCCAAGCCAGUUCCACAACUGAAGUCUGAUUCUGAAUCAGAAAUGGAAAGUGAGGAUGAUAGCAAUGACAAACAGAAGCAAAUCAUUCCUGCUAAGAGGCAAAUCAGCCAGCCUAAGCCAAUUAAAAGACCAAAAUUCAUUAAGCCUACACAAGGUAAUCCAGCUAAUGUAAAAUCAUCACAAAGUGGAGCAACUGAAAAAGUGGCUGAAGUGUUUGAACAAAGUGAACUAAAGAAAAGUGAUAAGAUUGAAUUGAUUGUUAAUCCAACUUGCUUGGAUCAAAUAAAUGUUAAGAAGGAGCUGAACACAAGUAUAGAGGUUCCUGAAAGCAAACCAAUCGACCUAAAAACAGAUAUAAUAACAGCCGAACAGCUUGCCGCCAAUAGAGUACCACUUAAAGAUCUUUACGUUUUGCCCAUUUUUAAAGAUUAUCAUCCUGGAACUCCAAAUAACAAGUUGUAUAUUAAAAACAUUGCAAAAACUGUUGGUUUAGAUGACUUGCAAUGGAUUUAUAAACGUUAUUAUCCAAAGAGGUCAGAGAGUGAACCGAGGAGUUUGUUUGAUAUUAGAUUGAUGACAGAGGGCAGGAUGAAGGGUCAAGCUUUUGUUACAUUGGAUUCUGUUGAGUUGGGCCAACAAGCUGUUAAAGAAACAAAUGGUUUUAUUGUAAAGGACAAACCGCUGGUUGUUGUGUUUGCUAAAAUACCAGCUUUAAAAAAACAAUGAUUAAAUAAAUGGUUUAUCUAUG